UUCAUGUACCGAGUGAUACAAAUAUCAGUUCCUGCUUCGAGCCAGCCACUAUUGCAACAAAUAGCGUAGAUGAGUGUAGAUUUUAUUUUUUAGGCUGAGUUGUGGUGGUUCGUUUCCCUAUUUUUUUGCAUCAAUCAGGACAUACAAGGCAGCAGCUUAUGUCGCGUAGUGGGAGGGUGAACGAGUGGACAGGGGGGAGAGAAAAACGUCAGAGGGUGGGCAAGGGAAAAAAUUUCUGACGCAGGGCGGGGCCAGGCAUCUGCGCCGAUUCUUGCUGAAAGAACGAAGGCGGAUCGCCAUGGCGCCCGUGGUUCCCGUCGUUGUGCGAGCGCGAGGACUUCGCCCGCACCGGGCGCGCGCUUGCGUGGCGGCAAGCCUUAGGCCCCAGCAACAACGCAAAGCGCGGCAGCGGGCGCGCGCCAGUGGACGGAGGAAGAAUGCAGGGGAACAGUCCGCGCCAUGCGAGGCGCUGGCGCGUGACGCCCCGCCCGCGCGUCUGCGGCGUGGCCCGUUCGUGCCGCCCGCCUGUGUGCCCCGCCUCUGCGCGCCUUGGUGCCACCCCCCGCUCUUCUCCCGCGCGCAGCCUUGCAGCUCAGGGGCUCGCUGGGGGGCCUGUCGCGCGCGUGGAUGGAGGACGGGCGUCGGGGCGGGACAUUCAUAGCCCUUCAGGCGCAGGGGCCCACCACCCUCCCCCAGCACCCCCGGACAACAACGGCGCCCCCCCGCGUUAGCUCGCACGCAAUCUGUCCCGCGCCCGCCUGCUUAUCUCGCGCGCACCCUCCAAGACAGAGACGGCGGACGGUGGCGCCCUCUGCCGGCCUCCUCUUGAACACAAAGACAGAGGGAGGGCGCCGGGGGAGGGUGGCGGGCAGCCUGGUGCUGGGGCGCGGCCUUCCCUGCGCGAGCAGAAGAAGGGCGCCGGGGGAGGGUGGUGGGCAGCUGCUCGCCUGGUGCUUGGCCGCCGGCGGCGUUCGCACCCACGCCGUGUGUGCCCCCCGCCGUCUGUGCGCCCUCCGCUCGUGCCUCCCGCCUUCCCCGUGUUUCCCGCCUUCCCCGUGCUUCGCGUUUUCCCCGUGCUCCCCGCGUUCCCCGUGCUUCCCGCUCUCCCUGUGCUUCCCGCUUUCCCCGUGCUUCCCGCCUUCCCCGUGCUUCCCGCUUUGCCCGUGCUUCCCGCUUUCCCUGUGCUUCCCGCUUACUUUUCCCGUGCUGCCCGCUUUCCCCGUGCUUCCCGCGUUCCCCGUUCUUCCCGCUUUCCCCGUGCUUCCCGCUUUCGCCGUGCUUCCCGCUCUCCCCGUGCUUCCCGCCUUCCCCGUGCUUCCCGCUUUCCCCGUGCUUCCCGCUUUCCCCGUGCUUCCCGCUUUCCCCGUGCUCCCCGCUUUCCCCGUGCUUCCCGCCUUCCCCGUGCUUUCCGCUUUCCCCGUGCUUCCCGCUUUCCCCGUGCUUCCCGUUUUCCCCGUGUUUCCCGCUUUCCCCGCGUUUCCCGCCUUCCCCGUGCCUCCCGCACGCUUUCCCCGCCCGCGCAACCCGCUUCCCUCGUGCUCCUCGCCUACCCCGCGCUCCCCGCUUUCCCCGUGCCUCCCGCUUUCCCCGUGCCCCCCGCCUUCCCCGUGCUUCCCGCUUUCCCCGUGCUCCCCGCUUCCCCCGUGCGUCCCGCUUUCCCCGUGCUUCCCGCUUUCCCCGUGCUUCCCGCUUUCGCCGUGCUUCCCGCUUUCCCCGUGUUUCCCGCUUUCCCCGUGUUUCCCGCUUUCCCCGUGUUUCCCGCUUUCCCCGUGCUUCCCGCCUUCCCCAAGCUGCAAAACCGGGGAGGCAGGGUUUUGGGAGAUUGUUGCAAAAUGUUGGCGCCUGAAAAUAUUUUCCGGGGAUUGCAAAAUAUUUGGGGUCGCAAAAUAUUUUCGAUCGCGAAAUAUUUUGACCCGCAAAAUAUUUUGGGUCGCAAAAUAUUUUGCGUUGCAAAAUAUUUGGACUUGCGAAAUAUUUUGAGUUGCAAAAUAUUUGGAAUGGCAAAAUAUUUCGCGUUGCGAAGUAGUUGGACUCGCGAAAUAUUUUGAGCCGCAAAAUAUUUGAAGAGGCGAAAUGUUUGGACUUGGGGUUGCAAAAUAUUUCGAGUUGCAAAAUGUUUGGAGUUGCAAAAUAUUUCGAGUUGCAAAAUAUUCGGAGUUGCAAUGGGACUCGGGCGAUUCGCCGUUUGCGAUGGGACUUGGGCGAUUCGCCUUUGGGCGAUUCGCCGCUUGCGAUGGGACUUGGGCGAUUCGCCGUUGGGCGCUUUGCCGUUUUCCAUGGGACUUGGGCGAUUCGCCGUUGGGCGAUUCGCCGUUUGCCAUGGGACUUGGGCGAUUCGCCGUUGGCCGUUGGCCUUUGGCCGAUUUCGCAAAUGGCGAGGGCGAUUGAGAAAUAUUUUGGGCCGCAAAAUAUUUUAGGCCGCGAAAUAUUUUGGGUCGCAAAAUAUUUUGCGUUGCAAAAUGUUUGGACUUGCGAAAUAUUUUAAGUGGCAAAAUAUUUGGACUUGCGAAAUAUUCUGAGUUGCAAAAUAUUUAGACUUGCGAAAUAUUUCGAGCCGCAAAAUAUUUGAAGAGGCGAAAUGUUUGGACUUGGGGUUGCAAAAUAUUUCGAGUUGCAAAAUGUUUGGAGUUGCAAAAUGUUUCGAGUUGCGCCGGGACUUGGGCGAUUCGCCGUUUGCGAUGUGACUUGGGCGAUUCGCCGUUGGCCGAUUCGCCGUUUGCGAUGUGACUUGGGCGAUUCGCCGCUGCGCGAUUUGCCGCUUGCCAUUGGACUUGGGCGGUUCGACGUUGGGCGAUUCGCCGUCUGCCAUGGGACUUGGGCGAUUCGCCGUUGGCCGUUGGCCGAUAGAUUUCGCAAAUCGCGACAGCUUUGGAAAGUUUUAAAACUGUGAAAAAAUUUCCGGCGUGGGCGAUUUUCUUUCCCGUUGCAAAAUUUUAACUCACACCGCUCAGCAAUAGGAGUUAUAAUUCACACGACUACCACAGUCGGUCCCAAAAAUUCAUCUUCGACUUUUUCCUUGGCGAGUGCGGCUGGUGUGUUGCUUACUUCCGGUACAAAGCAGUUGCAGAAAAUUCGUGCACCAAAAUGCAACUAUAGUAGAUUUUGAUUUUCCAAUGCCUAGACUUCAUCCUGCUGCACUACAGCAGAAGUCGCAUCACUUCUUUUUUUGCGGUUACGUAUGUUUCAAUACUGUAUCGAUAUGUCAAUGCAGGAAUAUUUCGAAGAAAGAAAAAUGACAGCUUGACAACAUGAAAUCUAGCUACCUACUAGCAUGACAUUUCUGGUAGAAGUCAAGAAUUUCAGUCCUCGUCUCGCAUAGAAUCCGCUCUCACGAUAUCUCCGAUUUAUGGUUAUGGCGGAAGUACACAGAUGGUGAGGGAAGCAUUAAAGAUAUGCCGAUGAUGCGAUGGCUUUAUGUUUGCACUUCUCCUGCAUGACGUCUUCCCAGAAGACGCUGAACCAUGGGACAUAGCAGAUGCGUCACUAUUAUCCAAGAAGCACGACAUGACAUGAUGAUACUAAA